AUGACUGAACACGAAAACAAAAAACAGAAACAAGAAUCGGGUGGUAACAGCGAAGAACAGCAGUAUUUGGACCUUUGUCGAAGAAUCAUCGAAAAUGGCGAUUUCAGACCAGACAGAACUGGGACUGGUACUUUUAGCGUUUUCGCUCCUCCACAGCUGCGUUUCGACUUGAGUGGUGACAGAUUCCCGCUUUUGACUACCAAAAGAGUAUAUACCAAAGGAAUCAUCCUGGAGCUGCUGUGGUUCAUUUCCGGCUGUACGGAUGGUAAAAAGCUAUCGGAUCAGGGAGUCAAAAUCUGGGAGGGGAAUGGCUCUAGGGAGUAUCUGGACAAGCUGGGGCUGACCGACAGACGAGAAGGAGAUUUGGGUCCUGUUUACGGGUUUCAAUGGAGACAUUUUGGUGCAGAGUACCGGACUUGUGAAGACGACUACACUGGUCACGGCUUCGAUCAAUUAAAAGAUGUCAUUCACAGAAUUAAAACAAACCCAACAGAUCGUAGAAUUAUAAUGAGUGCUUGGAAUCCGCCAGAUUUCGCCAAAAUGGCAUUGCCUCCUUGCCACGUAUUUUCGCAAUUCUACGUCACUCUCCCUAAAAAAGAAGGCGAGAAGCCAAAACUGUCUUGUUUGCUUUACCAAAGGUCGUGCGAUAUGGGAUUGGGAGUUCCAUUCAAUAUUGCAUCUUACGCACUUCUAACUAAAAUGAUCGCUCAUAUCUGCGACAUGGAACCAGGCGAAUUUAUACACACUUUGGGUGAUGCUCAUGUUUAUAAAGACCAUGUUGAUGCUGUUCAAGAGCAGUUACAGAGGACCCCCAGACCAUUUCCCAAACUGAUAAUUAAAAGGGACGUGAGUGACAUUGAUGACUUCAAGUAUGAGGACUUCGAGAUAAUUGAUUAUAACCCACACAAGAGAAUCCAAAUGAAAAUGAGCGUAUAG